CACGCAGUUCUGCAAUAAUCGUGUACAAUAUGAGACGUAUGAAAGUCGUGUUCAUAUAGCGGCAGUUGGUGUGCACAGGAAAAGCCGACGUCGAGUUACUCUGAGAACUCCGGAACUGAUAGUUUUCUUAUAAGUAUAUACAUUAAUUAUUUUGUUAGAUUAAUUUUUUAUAUUAACCGAAACGAUUUAUUUUCACCUCAAAUAAUCAAAUUUAACAAUUAGGCAAAGUUAUAAAUACACGCUUGUUUACAUACUUUUUAUAAUACAGUUUUAUUCAAUUAAAGUCGUUGUAUAUAAUUAAGUGUAGAAGUGCGAGUGGUUUAAUAGCGAGCAGAUAGGGAAUCAAGAUUAUGAUUAAUAGUAAAUAAAAAAUAAAUGGCACGGCAUGGCGCUUUAACCGUGUAUACGAUCUUGCUCAAAAGAGUAUACUAUCAUUGAUGACCUGACCGAGUCCAAGGUAGCACAUUUUAUUCGUGAAUCGUGACGUACUGAAUUAAUAAGGUAUAGUGGUGCAAGUAUUCUGCCGUAUAAAACAAAUGCAUAAAUAUAAGUAGCUGUUUCUUAUCAAGUUUUUGAACCAUAUUCAAUUUCUAUACAAAUAUUUAAGGUAUUAAAUAAUGUCCAUUCCGAAAUGACCUAAAUUAAAACAAGAAAAAUAAUGAAGCUCUCAAAAAAAACUACAAACGACGAGAUCAACAUGGCCGAAGAAGUGGACGCAGAGCACGAAAAAUGGCAAAAAUUAAGUUUCAGCUCAAGAGCUAAAUACAUUUUAAAGAACAUAACGGUUGAGCCUUUACUCGCAUUUUUCAUCGUGUCAAGUGUACUUGGCAACCUCACCACACAAAACCUAAACUUACAGAAAUCAUGUAGGGUUAAUUUAAAUAUGAGCGAUGCGAUUUGCUCGGCGUUAGAAAAACGGAUGAAGACAAAUUAUACUCUGGACCAGGAAGCAAGAGUCCAAGAGCUAGUCACCGACAUGACAAUGUGGCAGUCGGUUAUACAGCACACUAUACCGUGUAUAUUCGUGAUUUUCAUCGGAUCCUGGAGUGACAGAACCCGUAAGAGGAAACCAGUUCUGUUACUGCCCAUUUUCGGAGAACUAGUGCGAGUCCUGGGCUUAUUGGUUUGUGUAUUCUAUUUUUACGAACUACCGAUGGAAGUCGCCGGUCUGGUCGAGUCCGUGCCUUCGUCACUAACGGGUGGUUGGAUGAUCAUGUUCAUGGGUGUGUUCACGUACAUUGCGGACGUAACUUCGGUGAAAAUGAGAACUCUUAGAAUAGGAGUGCUGAAUUUAUCUUUAACCAUAGGAAUAUCUUUCGGCAUAGCCUUGUCUGGUAUUCUGUUUCAAAAGCUCGGUUUUUAUGGCAUAUACUCAAUAUGUUCGACUAUGUACUUCUUGGGUAUACUUUAUGGAUUUUUUUUCCUUAAAGAUAUAAAGAGUAAUGAAACCCAAGCUGUUUGUGAAGACAAUAAACUUGUUAAAAAUUCAUCGUUCUCGACAAAUGUUAAGGAAUUUUUUGAUUUAGUACACAUUAAAAAUGCGUUUAGUGUUACUUUUAAAAAAGGCAAUGACAACAGAAGGCUCCGGAUUUUGAUGAUGAUGUUAGUUCUCAUGAUAAUAAUGGGUCCUAUGACAGGCGAAAUGUCAGUUAUGUACUUGUCGACCAGGAUACGAUUUAAUUGGGACGAAUUUGAUUACAGUAUGUUCUCUACAUUUACCAUGGUCACUGGUUUUAUCGGAACAUCACUUUCUUUAUGGGUUUUCAGUCACAAAUGUAAAAUGGAUGACGCAUUGAUAGCUACUAUGGCAUGUAUCAGUAAAGUCAUUGGUAGUUUUGUUUUCGCAUUUGCACCCAAUAAAUACGUAUUUUAUUUCGGCUCUAUCGUGGAAAUUAUUCAUGGCGCUGGUUCCAUUGCAACUAGAUCUAUAUUCACUAAACUUGUCACUCCAGACGAACUUGGUCAAGUAAGUGCUGUAGUCGGAGUUUUUGAGGCUUUUGUUCCAAUGAUAUAUAUACCAAUGUACAGUGCAUUUUAUAAAGCAACAAUGAAAACUUUUCCCGGAGCUUACUUCCUUCUCGGCGGAGGCUUAACUAUACCAGCAAUUUUUGUAUUUUUGUGGAUGUAUAAAGGAAAUAAAGAACGAGAAGCCCGUGAAAUGGAAAAUAAAAAAUCUGAAAUAGUAGAGAAAAAUACUGAAUUAACAAAUGAUACAAUUAAAAUUCCUAAAUUAUACGAGACGUCUGAAAAAAAUAAUUAUGAAAACCCGGGAUAUAAAUCCGAAAACUGUGGAAAUUAUAGUACAGCAGUAGGUACAAUGGAAAUAAAGGAACAAGUCAGUUCCACAUCAGAUGACGAUGACAGUAACAGUUGGCAAGGAAUGGGGUUCUGUUCCAGAGUCAAAUAUGUCUUCCGAAACAUCACAGUGGAACCAUUGCUGGCGUUUUAUCAAGUUUCGUCCGUGUUAUCGAGUUUGACCACGCAAAAUCUCAAUCUGCAGAAGGCGUGCAGGGUAAACUUGCAAAUGGACGAUGACAUCUGCAACGGGCUGGAGAAUAAGAACAUGUCGUUGUAUGCCGAUCAAGAAGUCCAAGUCCAGCAACAGGUCGCAGACAUGCUCAUAUGGCAAACGAUAAUCCAAAGCAGCAUACCGUGUAUACUGGUCAUAUUCGUCGGGUCGUGGAGCGAUCGAAACAGGAAGCGCAAACCGUGUAUGCUCGUCCCGGUAAUCGGUGAAAUCGUCAGAAACAUCGGGUUAUUACUUUGUGUGUUCUACUUCGACGAGCUAAAGAUGGAGGUGGCCGGUCUAGUUGAAUCGAUACCCACAUCUAUAGCCGGUGGACUUACCGUUCUGUACCUGGCCGCGUUUUCUUACAUGGGAGACAUAAGCUCUAUAAAAAAUCGGACUCUCAGGGUUGGUUUAAUGAAUUUAUUUUUUGGUCUGGCUUGGCCAAUCGGUGCUGCACUUUCUGGCGUUUUAUAUCAAAAACUAGGAUUUUUCGGAAUAUACUAUAUCUCUACAGCGUUGUACAUGAUAGCUUUUAUCUACGGCUUUAUCAAUAUCAAAGAACAUCCAGGGCCGUUACCAUUGAAAGAAUCCAUCCAGCCACCAAAAUCUUGUAUGUAUCUCAUUAUUGAUUUUUUCAAUUUGAAACAUAUCAAAGAAGCAUUUCACACAACUUUCAAAAGAGGGCCAGGAAGAAGAUGGACAAAAAUCGUUUUGCUGAUGUUUACAAUAGUUGUCAUCCAAGGGCCUUCACAUGGAGAAUCUGGAAUUGCUUACUUUUACACGAGAGUUCGUUUUAAUUGGAAUGAAUUGGACUACAGUUUAUUCUCGACCUUCUUAUUUUUGACAAACCUUGUAGGUGUUGGAUUCUCGAUAGGGGUUUUAAGCCACUUAUUGAAAGUAGACGACGCACUCAUUGGAGUGAUAUCUUGUCUCAGCAAAGUAUUGGCCGGGUUUGCAUUUGCAUUUGCACCUUCAGAAUUUUUUUUUUACAUUGGCGCGUUGGUUGAUGUAAUGAGUGGUACUUCGUACAUCGUAAUGAGAUCAAUUCUUUCGAAGAUCGUACCUCAUGCUGAACUUGGCCAGGUAUCAGCGAUAAUCGCAGUCAUUGAAACGAUAGUGCCUGUUGUAUACAAACCUUUGUACAGCGCAAUAUACAGAGCCACUCUGAACACGUUUCCAGGAACAUUUUAUGUGGUUGGUUCAAUAAUGCUCACACCAGCCAUAUUUAUAUAUUGGUGGAUGUAUUAUAUAAAUAACCAAGAAGAUGAGAAAAAUUCUAAUGUUGAAGAAAUCAAAUCAAAUGAAGUUCACGCUUUAGAAAAAUAUUAGACUAUUUUGAUAAUAUCCUAAAAAUUUGAAUAGAACAAAUUGGAAAAAUCUGUUAUUUUAUUUUUGAGUAUCUUUAGAAAAAUUUUGUAUUUUUUAUAAUAUAAUAUAUAUUUUUUUAAUUGAAAAACGUACCUAACUUCUUGUUUUAAUUUGAUAUUAUUACUACAUUUUUCAUUAAAAAAAAUAUAAAUUAUAUUUCAAGAUAAUUUUAGUUCUAGCAUUAAUAAUAAUUGUGAAUGUUUUAGCCAUAAUUACAUAUUAUUAUACAUUUUUUAAUGACAAACUCGUUAGUUUUAAAAUACAUAUAUGUAUUAAUAUAUGUUCAUAAAUAUGAAUACUUUCCUCCCCCCCAUCACAAAAAAAACCUAUAGUAGUCUAUAGUAUUCCUAUACAUAGAGAUUGAUAAACUUAUUUGAAGUGGCUCAAUUUCAAAGUUAAUUUGAAUUACUAAAUGGGUAAAUGUAGUAAAAUACCUACAAUCAAUUUUAAUUUUUUUUUUUUUUUUGUUUAUUUUAAAACACUGAUUGUAAAGAUAUUGAGACAAUUUUUGUUUGUUAUCAAUGGAAAUUAUAACAUAAUACCAAAAAAAACCUAAAAGAUAAUAAUAUUUAUUUAAAAAAAUUGUGGUGGUUUCAUUAAAAAUUUCAAAACUUUAUCUUUUUUUUUUGGUAUUUUUUUAGAUUCUGAGCGAAGCGAUAAAUGUAAUUAUUUUAGUGUUGUGUAUUUAAUUUAUAUACUUUUAUUUAUAUGUAUAUGUAUUAUUUAUAAAUAAUACUUUGAUUUUCAAUAUGUAAGUUAAAAAUUACAUUUGACUCGUAACGUACUCUUACUGCGUUAUGUUUAAUAUUGUUAUUCGCCCUUCAAAAGGGCGUUUUUUACUUACUUCAUCUGUUAAACAAUAAAUACUUAUAUAAAAAUAAAUAGGAAA